AGUAUCAUUUAGUGUCUCUUACGGUUCAAUUCUCAUUUUGAUUCUUGUAUAACUUCGGCGUUUUCAACAUGUAUUGCAAAUGUAUUUUAUUGGUUGUACUUUUUGUCAGUAUUCAAUUCGGCGAUCCUGCAAACCCAAUGGAGAUAUUGGAUACCUUUUUUGAAAACAAUAGUGAAAAUGAUGUAAUGCCCUUAAUUUCGCUUAAAUCUUUUGUACAAGAUAACUAUAGUACGACUGAAUACACCGAGGACGUGAUCCAGGAGAUUGAAGACAAAUUCAAGGAUGGUGUCAAUAAGGAAAAAUUUACUUGGGCAAUUAGUGCAAUUGAAAAAAUGAAGAAGUGGGAUACCUUUUUUGAAAACAAUAGUGAAAAUAAUGUAAUGUCCUUAAUUUUGUUUAAAUCUUUUGUACAAGAUAACUAUAGUAUGACUGAAUACAACGAGGACAUGGUCCAGGAGAUUGAAGACAAAUUCAAGGAUGGUGUCAAUAAGGAAACAUUUACUAGGACAAUUAGUGCAAUUGACAAAAUGGAGAAGUUGCAUACAUUUUUUGAAAACAAUAGUAAAGGAGGUAGAAUGUCCUUUAAUUCGUUUAAAUCUUUUGUACAAGAAAACUAUAGUACAACUGAAGACAAAGAGGAAAUGGUCGAGAAGAUUAAAGAAAAUUUCGUGUAUGGUAUCAAUAAGGGAGCAUUUACUUCGGCAAUUAGUGCAGUUGAAAAAAUGGAGAAGUGGGAUACCUUUUUUGCAAAAAAUAGUGAAAAUGGUGUAAUACCUAUUAUUUUGCUCAAAUCUUUUGUACAAGAAAACUAUAGUAUGACUGAAUACACCAAGGGCGUGGUCCAGAAGAUUGAAGACGAAUUCAAGGAUGGUAUGAAGAAGGAAUCAUUUACUUUGGUAAUUGGUACAAUUGACAAAAUGGAGAAGCUGGAUAAUUUUUUCGAAAACAAUAAUGUAUAUGGUGUAAUGUCCUUUAAAGCAUUUAAAUUGUUUGUACAAGAAAACUAUGGUGAGGGACAAGAUUACCGGGACAUAGUCGAAAAAAAUCGAGACUCUUACGAGUGUGGCAUUAUUAAAGACGCAUUCAUUUGGAAAAUUAGUACAGUUGACGAAAACGUCCAAGCCCCAGUUGAUUUCGAGCCUUUCGACCUUACUUACGCACAAGCAACACGUCUCGACAAGCCUCUGCCAUGGCAAAAAGAAGAUAAUUGAUAAUAUACUGAUAUACUUCAUUAAUAUAUAAUGAUGUACAAUUUAUAUUAUUAAUAUACAACAUAGAAAAUAUAAAUUACCACUAAUACCUAUUGUUUUAUUGAUUUUGUUUUAUUUAUCCCGGCAUAAUAUUGUUGUACUGACCGUGUGUUUUAGUAAUAAAAUCGUAUCAUUAGUUUUUAACAUCUAAAUUAUAUCUCUCGAUUUGCUUG